UGACAAAGACCUUUGAACCCGACCAAUCAACAUUAGCUUUACAAUUGCAUAAACGUCAUUUCAAGGAGAAACGACAACAAAUCACACGUGCGAACAUCGAGAACGCAACAAAUUAAAAAUGCCAAGAAGAGGAAGAUCAGCUCCAGCUCCAAGACGUCCAGCUCCAAGUCGUUUGCCUGCUAGAGCACCACCAGCGGCACCAGCUCAUCCUCCAGCAGCUCAACCCAGACAACCAGGAUUGAUGGCACAAAUGGCUACUACAGCAGCUGGAGUAGCUGUUGGCUCUGCAGUGGGUCACACAUUGGGUGCAGCAAUGACUGGUGGCAUGUCUGGUGGAAAUGGUGGUGAAGUCCAGCAAGCUCCCCCAGCACAACAAGGAUACCAGGAACCAGCUUACCAGCAACAACAACAGCAGCCAUGUCAGUUUGAGCUCAAACAGUUCAUUGAAUGUACCCAGACACAGAAUGACAUAUCAAUGUGCUCAGGAUUUAAUGAAGUUCUACGAGAGUGCAAGCUUAGAUAUGGUCCACAGUAUUGAAGAUAGUGGCUUGAUCUCAGCAUUGAUAUGGCGACAGAAGACUAGAAAUUAUGAUCAGACUUUUUUGUAUUAGUGUGUGCAUUUUAUUGUUUAAUUUUUAAAACCGUUCCUUAAGCAGAUUUUAAACCAUCAUGAUUUCUAUUUUAAAAAAAAAUCAUCAUCAUUCCAAAAAAUAGACACAAUUGCUAUAGUAAAAUAUUAAGUCUUCAAUUAGGUACUUUACCUGUCAAGAUCAGAUUGCAGCUCCUUGUUAUCAGCUGUUGAAAUAAAACUUUAAUUCAUGGGA